UGCAAUCUCAACGUACCCUGUUCAUCAGAGACAACAUCUCCGUGGGCGCCUCUGUGCGCUCUUUGGGCAGCUCGGAGCCAUGCUGUCAGAGCUCUUCACCAACUGGACCAUCUACACCAACAAGGCAGCGGUGCUGGUGACGCUGCUGUUCGUGAUCGCGGUCAACCUGGCGAUCGGCAUCCUGCCGCACAUGAUGCGCCCGACGCCAUGGAGUACCUCACGGCGUGCUCGCCUCCCCCAGCAUCCCGAUCUCAACGAGCCUAGCGGCCGCCGUCCUUGUCCUGCUCGAGGAGCAGGAGGAGGAGGGGCGCAUCUAGCCAGCCACAAAGGGCCUGCUCUGUACCACCACAUCAUCGGCCUUCUGCAGCAUCGAGUUCAAUAUGUCAGGUGACCCUUCCUAUCCCGUCUGAUAUGAUGGUCAAUAGUUGCUUGUAGAUGAAUGAUGAAGUGUUGCUGUGAAUGUGAAUGAGUAGCCACAAGUCUGUUUGCAUCA